CGACUCUCUCAAUCGAAGAACCUCUUGCUCCUCUUCUUGUUUUUAUACCUUCAAUAAGGAACCCAAACCCCUCAGAAACCCUACCAAAGCAAUCUCAACACAAGUGUGAAAAAAUGCCGGAAUCCAGGGAUAGGCUUCCUAGGCCGGUCGACUACGCUGCCGUGUUCGCUCAACGGAGAGUGGCUGGUACUGGAGGCAUUCUGGAGGACCAGGGGACGGGUCCGAUCUUGUUCGAAACCCCGAUCAGGCGGGUGACGACUGGCGCGACGCCGGCGACACGUGGACUAACUGCUUUGGGUACAGCACGAGGUGGUGGGCUCGGAAGAGGUGGAUUCGGAACUCCAAGAACUAUGCGUAGACGUGUUCUGCACGGGUCUCCGGCUACGGGUCGGGCGAACACUCCUACUACUUUGAGGGGAUCAGGUCGGGGCAGACCCAGUGGCAGUUUGCUACCUUCUUGGUACCCGAGAGUCCCUCUUCAAGAUAUUACUUGGGUUGUGCGGGCAAUGCAAAGGAGAAGAGCUCGGUUGGGAAUUGUCGAAGGCCUACAAUUUGAGAGUCCCGUUCCUGUGGGCCAAAGGAUUCUUGAUCCUUCUGAACUAGUGUCAGGUGCUCAACUCGAGCACGAUCUCUCUUUCAUCUCUCCAAGGUCAGCAGUAGCUGUCAAGACUAAAACAUCUGCUGUGGGUAAAGUUCCAAAGAUCUUGCUUGGGGUCACUAACCAGAAUGCGGGAGAAUCAGAGCUUCUCACACCCCAGAAGAAACUCUUGAACUCAAUCGACAUAGUUGAGAAAGAGGUGAUGGAGGAGUUGCAGAAACUGGAGAGAACCCCUAGUGCUAAAAAGGUGGAGAGAGAAAAAAGAGUUCGUACUUUGAUGUCUAUGCGUUGAUUCAGUUCAACCUCACAAUUAGUUAAAAGCACAAGACAAAGCCAGAAUCGAAUGACAAAAGAAGGGACAAGAAGCCUGUGCGGUGAGAUUGAUCAUCACUUGAUGAUAUUAGGGACUCUUGAAGUAGAUUUAGAUAUAUCUCAUAUUUUCUCUACUUGUUUGGAUUUGAUGUAUAUAAUGACCAUAUCUCAUUUUCUGUUUCAUUACUUCAUAAAGGCCUUUGCUAAUGUACCAUUACUUUUCGAGUAUUAUAAGGAAGAAACAUCAGGUUUAUCAA